CAGCUCCUCCCACUCCGAGCGCUCACCGGUUUACAAACAAUCUCUUUCCCUUUGAAGCCGGCAGUAUUUCUAACUUCACACAGACACUGGUUCACAGUGCGCCCAACCAUGCCCGGACAGGAAUCAACGGCGGCGGCCCACGGGUCACCCAAACUCGGGUACACCAACACCAACUCCGCUCCGGUGCCGGUCAUGACCCAGACGGACUCUCGAGACAAAUGGAGCAAAAAGAUGGAUUUUCUCUUAUCUGUCAUUGGCUUCGCUGUGGACCUGGGGAACGUCUGGAGAUUUCCAUACAUUUGUUAUCAAAAUGGGGGCGGUGCUUUUCUUAUUCCGUACAUCCUAAUGGCAAUCUUCGGGGGCGUCCCGCUCUUUUACAUGGAGCUCGCGCUAGGACAGUUCCACAGAACUGGCGCCAUAUCCAUAUGGAAACACAUCUGUCCAAUUUUUAAAGGUAUCGGCUACUCCAUCUGCAUCAUUGCGUUGUACGUGUCCUUCUACUACAACACCAUCAUCGCCUGGGCACUCUUCUACUUCUACUCCUCCUUCUCCACCACCCUGCCCUGGACCAACUGCGACAACGCCUGGAACACCCCCGACUGCACCAACUACUUUGGCCGAGACAACGUCACAUGGACCAACUCCUCCAAAUCCCCCGCAGAGGAGUUUUACACGAGGAACGUUCUAGAGAUCCACCGGGCCGACGGACUGCGUGACGUGGGCGGUGUUCGCUGGCAGCUCAUGCUCUGUCUCUUCCUCAUCUUCACUAUUGUGUACUUCAGCCUCUGGAAGGGCGUGAAAACGUCGGGGAAGGUGGUGUGGGUGACGGCCACGCUGCCCUACGUGGUGCUUCUGAUCCUGCUGGUCCGGGGGGCCACGCUGCCGGGGGCCUGGAGGGGCGUGGUGUUUUACCUGAAGCCCCAGUGGAGCAAGCUGCUGGAGACCAGCGUGUGGGUCGAUGCUGCAGCUCAGAUAUUCUUCUCCCUGGGUCCGGGGUUCGGAGUGCUCCUGGCCCUCUCCAGCUACAACCCUUUCACCAACAACUGCUAUCGUGACGCCAUAGUAACCAGCCUGGUGAACUGCCUGACCAGCCUGGUGUCAGGCUUUGUCAUAUUCACGGUGUUGGGCCACAUGGCUGAGAUGAGGAACAUGGAGGUGGCGGAUGUGGCCAGGGACAAGGGCCCCAGUCUACUGUUCAUCACCUACCCAGAGGCCAUCGCCAAUAUGAGGGGCUCCACCUUUUUCGCCAUCAUCUUUUUUGUGAUGAUGAUCACUUUAGGCCUCGACAGCACGUUUGGCGGGCUGGAAGCCAUCAUCACAGCUGUUCUGGACGAAUACCCCGACACGUUCGCUCACCGACGGGAACUCUUCGUUCUGUUACUAGUCAUUGUAUGCUUUCUGGGCUCGCUAAGCACACUCACACAUGGUGGAGCCUACGUGGUGAAGCUCCUGGAGGAAUUCGGAGUGGGCUCCUCAAUCAUUGCUGUUGGCUUCCUGGAAGCCAUUGCUGUCUCCUGGUUCUACGGUAUCAACCGCUUCAGCAACGACAUCAAGUCCAUGUUGGGCAGUGCUCCUGGAAUGUUCUGGAAGGUGUGCUGGGUGGUCAUCAGUCCAGCCUUUCUUGCGUAUAUAAUAGUGAGCUCCCUGGUAAGGCCCCAACCACUUACUCUGUUUGAGUACAAGUACCCAGACUGGAGCAUCAUGGUGGGCUACAUGGUGGGGCUCUCCUCCUUCAUGUGGAUUCCCAUCUACAUGGUCUACAAGCUGGUGUGGACCCCCGGCUCACUCAAACAGCGCCUUGCAGUAUGUCUGAGACCAGAGAGAACACUCGCUGAAAUCAACAGAGAUGCCCUCAACAUGGCAAACAUACCGUAGUCAGAGAACAUGGCCCUUUUUUGUCUUUUUCAACUCAACACAGCCUCGGACAUGUGUAUUAUUUAGCUGAACACCCAUCAAAAGUCCCAAUCCUUAAUUGUAUUUUGGUCUACAGAGACACUCAGGAUGUAUGCAAUGCUCGACUUGUCUACAUUCUUGUCUACAGCUGGCGGUUGCUUGUAAAUAGUGGUUUGUAAUGUUGAUUGAUGCAGUGACACCGUUUAGCAGGUAGCUGUAUCCAAACCGUUUAGCAGGUAGCUGUAUCCAAACCGUUUAGCAGGUAGCUGUAUCCAAACCGUUUAGCAGGUAGCUGUAUCCAAACCGUUUAGCAGGUAGCUGUAUCCAAACCGUUUAGCAGGUAGCUGUAUCCAAACCGUUUAGCAGGUUGCUGUAUCCAAACAGUUUAGCAGGCAGCUGUAUCCAUAGCUCUAGCAGAUAGCUGUAUCCAUAGCUCUAGCAGAUAGCUUUUUCAAUACCAUUUAGCAUGUAGCUGUAUCCAUAGCUCUAGCAGGUAGCUGCAUCCAUAGCUCUAGAAGAUAGCUUUAUCCAUACUGUUUAGCAUGUAGCUGUAUCCAUAGCUCUAGCAGGUAGCUGUAUCCAUACCGUAUAGCAGGCAGCUGUUUCAAUACCAUAUAGCAGGUAGCUGUAUCCAUACUGUAUAGCAGGUAGCUGUUUCCAUACUGUUUGGCUGUAUCUAUAGCUCUAGCAGGUAGCUGUAUCCAUAGAUCUACUAUGUAGCUGUAUCCAUAGCUCUAGCAGGUAGCUAUAUCUAUACCGCUUAGCAGGUAGCUGUGGAUGUUCUGAAGCCCCUUCAUUAUCAGGAUCCAGCUAUGCAGUGUUCAUAGAGCCGACUAUUAAUAGGAAGUGUUUGGCUCAGAAAGUUAUGGGGUUUUAAUUGCAUGGGGACUGCAUCCUGAAGAGGUUACACCUGAGCUAAAAAAGUAUAAUCCUACUGCAUUAUGCUGUUGUGCGUUGACUGUGCUAUGUAGAACCCAAACAAUGAAUAAGUCGGUCUGAUUGGUCAGAUCUGAAUGCAUACUCUGUACAGCGACAGUUAGUUCAUUCUAUUGAUUUAGGAAAAACUACAACAAACAUAGAUAUUCAUAUAAGUCAGUUCCUUUCCUGUUCAACAAGUAAAGAAUUGAAACAACUUGGGGAGGGACGAGACCUCAUGACAUCUCUAUACUGAUGGUGGGGUUUGUGUUUUGCAUGUUGGUUUGUGUGUCUUAAAUGUGUCACUAAUCUGUCACUAAUAUUUUGUCAAUAUAGUAAUCACAAGUUUCCCUUCUGGUCAGCUGUUCAAUUAAAACAGCAUUUUGUUUUGGUGCCAAGACAAACUGGUGUUUCCUGUGCGCCAUACACUAUAGAUUUGUUUGUGACUGAAGGGUUUUGCAGAUAUGGCUUAAGUAGAAACUGUAUGACAGAUUUAUAUUAAAUACUCAAUGAUAACUCUUUAAAUGUAUGUAGGUUAACACACUCUGGAUUCAAAAUACAGUAUUAUUUUCCCGCCAAAUGUUUGUAAUGAAGUAAGCAGCCGUGUUCAGACAGAGAACGUCAGUUAAAAUGUUAAAGUAUCCCCACCGUGGAGGCCGAUGCUCCAAGUGAACAGGGUCUCUCCACUGUAAGAACACUGGUUACAGUAGUAACCCGUUCUGCAGCUCCAUGCCCGUUACAAAGCCCUAGAGCUGCAGUUCCAUCCGCACCUCCAACCACUUUGAAACAGAUGACAGAUCUUUGUCUGACACCUCCAGCUAACUUAUAUUGCCUUCUCUGCCUUAAAUCUGUUAUUUGUACAUACGAUGUAAAUGUUGUAUUGAUAUUGUGCCUCUCCAAAGAAAAAAUAUUUUAUCUAAAUAUUCUGAUCUAAGAAAAGACUGUUCAAACUUGUUUGUAGAUAAAUGUUAAAUUCAAUAUUGUAAAACAUGUGUUUAGGUGCGGGAGUUGGACAAUAACAUUCUUCCUGUUUGGCGAUCUUAUUUAUUGUGUAAUGAAUAUAAAACAUAUGAAAUGGGUGUUUGUGUGUGUGUGUGUGUGUGUGUGUGUGUGUGUGUGCGCGCUCCAUUCUGAAUUAAAUCUCAUUAACAUGCAAGCUUAAAACAUCACAUGAAUACGUUUAAGUCAAAAGCCACACACAAAAAAAAUGAUAAUUGACAGUGUACAGCUAAUGUUGUCUGAUCUUGUUGACUUUACUUAAAGGUAUUUUUAAGGUUUAGCUAAAACUGAGGCACAAACAAUGGCAUAACAGUCUUUUGCACCAUCAUGCGAUGACAGGGGAUGUAUCGAAUACGUGUUUUCAUCUCCUGUCGUGUUAGGCUUGUGUCGUUGGAAGCUUGAUGUUUUCACCUCAAUGGGCUAUUUUAAUUAACAGGCUGAUUUGCAAGACCCAGAAUUCAUCUCCAUAAAGGCAGAGAGAACGGCUUUCACCUUCAAAUGCUUUUAAUAAAAUGUUUUAUUAAACAGGUUGCCCUCCUCUUUGUGUUACACACACACA